GUAAACCAUAUAAACAAAGAAGGAGGCGAACUGGCGAAGCCUGAAAGGCAAGGAGAGAGUCCCAUUUCCAGUUGAGAUUUAAAAACCAAGAUAAGAGCCAUGACCUCUCCACCAUUCCUUGUAAUGGUCAAAGCCAAGAAUGGACGGACAAAAUUAGAAGGUCUCACUAUGAAGUCUACAAUCGGCAACCUACUCCAAAAAAUAUCAGAAUUCACAGAAAUACCAAGCAAAUCUCAGAAGUUACUCCAUGGUUACCCUCCCAAACCACUAGAUAUAUCAAACCAUGGUCAAGAAUUAGCUUCUCUUCCUUUUAAGUCGGGAGAUAUGGUCAUAGUAGAGGAGGUUGUCAUCAGUAAUCAAACUGAUGGUACUCGAGGAAGCAGCGACCCAGAGGCCACAAUGACCCGUCGUGUUGUUCCAGCUGAUAACUCUUGCCUAUUCAUGAGCAUAGCCUUACUCAUGGAAGGUGGUAAUACAGACAGCUCGCGUGCUCAAGAACUCCGCAACCUUAUCGUCAGUGUCGUCAGCAGCAAUCCUGAGUUGUACAAUGAAGCCUUCCUAGGUAAAUCAAACUCCAUGUACUGCCAGUGGAUAAAGAACCCAGACACUUGGGGUGGUGCCAUAGAAAUCUCGAUACUGACUGAGUUCUAUGAGACAGAGAUUGCAGUUGUUGAUACCCAGACAGGGCGUGUUGAUAGAUUUGGAGAGGACAAUGAUUACAAGCAUCGUAUUUACCUGAUCUAUGAUAAUGUUCACUAUGAUCCUCUGAUUAAGGAACUUGAGGGAGGUGGUACAGAGACAGUGUUUGGAGUUGAUGAUGAAGAUGUCCUCUCACAAGUCUUGAAGCUUGCAAAGGAGGCCCAGAAAAGCAGACAGUAUACAGAUCUUUCUGAUUUUACUCUGCGUUGUCUAGUUUGUAAUGAUGGCCUACGAGGGCAAAGACAAGCACGGCAGCAUGCUAUGGCAACAGGACAUUCUAACUUUGCAGAAUACUGAAUUCUUACUUUGGGGAUAUUGAUAUUAAAAGGAGACACACCCACCCAUAUGCAGAUUCAUCAAUUAAAAAUGAAGGUUUAUAUAACUUAUUUCUUGUCUGAAGGCCAUUAUAUGCAUAAAUAUUUACAAUGCUUGAAUCUCAUUAUUGAUGAUAUUAGAAACUUGAAGUAUUGUCUAACAUUUAUUCCAUGUGGGUAGAGUAAUGAUUCUAUAUAGUAGGGGAAGGCGGGGUAAAUUGAGCAUAGGGGCAAGUUGAGCCACCAGCCCCAGGCCAAUAAUGAAUCAGUCA